UGAAGCAGGGAAAAUGCCAUCGGCUCUUUGCGUGUCACAGGGUCUGUGAGGGGUGCCCGUGAGCUUGGAAGCCACGAUAUGGCAGUGGCUCCUUCCUCUGGAUCCUCUUGUCUAGAUGCAGCCAGUUGUCCUUUUGUCAGAGCGCCAGACAGCAGUAUGGUGUUCACUGCAGCAGCAGCAGCAGCAGCAGCAGCAGCAGCAGCAGCAGCAGCAGCAGCAGCAGCAGCAGCAGCAGCAGCAGCAAGAUCCUGGCCUGUCUGCUGAUGCACUGACAUUUAGUGAUGUCCACAUUAUCUUCACUCCGGAAGAAUGGGCUUUGCUGGAUGCUUCCCAGAAGAAUCUCUACACAGAUGUGAUGCUGGAGACCUACAAGAAUCUCAUUGCUAUAGGUUACAAAUCAGAAGACAAAAUUAUUGAAGAAUAUCUUCAAAAUUCUAGAAUACAUGGAAGGCAUAGAGGAAGUCUUACCAGAGAGAAACCCUAUGACUAUACUCAAUGUGGUAAAGCCUCUACACGUCUCAAUGCCCUUCAAAGACAUAAACGAACUCCUACUAGAGAGAAACCAUAUAAAUGUAAUCAAUGUGGUAAAGCCUUUGUGGAUUACUGUACUCUUCAAAACCAUGAAAGAACACAUACUGGAGAGAAAACCUAUGAAUGUAAUCAGUGUGGUAAAGGCUUUACACAACAAGCUUACCUGCGAAACCAUAAAAAAACACACACUGGAGAGAAACCCUAUGAAUGUUAUGAAUGUGGUAAAGCAUUUGCACAUUAUUCUACUAUUCGGAAACAUGAAAGUACACAUACUGGAGAGAAACCCUAUGAAUGUAAUGAAUGUGGUAAAGCCUUUUCACAACAGAGUCAUCUCCAAAACCAUAAAAGAACACAUACUGGAGAAAAACCCUAUGAAUGUAAUGAAUGUGGUAAAGCCUUUUCACAACACAGUAGUCUCCAAAACCAUAAAAGAACACAUACUGGAGAGAAACCCUAUGAAUGUAAUGAAUGUGGUAAAGCCUUUUCACAAUACAGUAAUCUCCGAAAGCAUAAAAGAACACAUACUGGAGAGAAACCCUAUGAAUGUAAUGAAUGUAGUAAAGCCUUUUCACAACAUAGUAGUCUCCAACAACAUAAAAGAACACAUACUGGAGAGAUACCUUAUAAAUGUAAUGAAUGUGGUAAAGCCUUUUCACAACACAGUAGUCUCCAAAUGCAUACAAGAACACAUACUGGAGAAAAACCCUACGAAUGCAAGCAAUGUGGUAAAGCCUUUUCACAACAUAGUAGUCUUCGAAAGCAUAAAAGAACACAUACUGGACAGAAACCCUAUGAAUGUAGUCAAUGUGGUAAAGCCUUUUCACGUCACAGUAGUCUCCAACAACAUAAAAGAACACAUACUGGAGAGAAACCCUAUGAAUGUAAUCAAUGUGGUAAAGCCUUUUCACAACAGGGUCAUCUCCAGAAACAUAAAAGAACACAUACUGGAGAGAAACCCUAUGUGUGUAAUUAAUGUGGUAAAGCCUUUGCAAUUUUCUGUACUCUCAGAAUCAUGAAUGAAUUCAUACUGGAGAGAAACCCAAUAAAUGUAGUCAAUGUGGUAAA